UCCUCUUAUCCGGGGAAAAUAACUCAACGAAAAUUGUUCUUGAAUUUCGACUAAUCUUUCCAAAUGGAACUUUGACCCCGUUUAGUGUAACCGUAGACUUACUUGGAGUUCCUGUUACAAAUCAUGCCUAUCAAAUACACCCAUUAAAGUUAAACUAUUUCAUUUUGGGAGACAUACUUAACUCGACUUCCGUCAUAUUUUCAAUUCUCGAUUGGAACGGGAAUAUUCUUGCAAAAAACAUUUCCUCGUUAUACACGUAUUUCAACAAACAUGGGUUCAGUCUAUCGGUACAUAAUAAUUACGAAAAUUAUGAUCCAUCACCAUACCAAUUUUUACUAAACGACAACCCAGACAAAAGAUUCCUUGGAUUGAUGUGGAACGAUUCUCGUAUCCAUUGGGCCAGUUUUCAGUAUCCGAACUCGCAAUGGGAAACCUCCAUUGUUGCCAAUGACACAAUUUUAGCUACACAAAAAGGUAGUUUCUUGGACGUUAAGACAUUUAAUCUCAUUGACGGAGGCUACGCUAUUACACAAGUCGUUUGGAAUCUAGCACCAAAUACUACUCAAUCUAAUGGCUCGGAUGAUCCUAGCCGUCCGUGGGACGUAUCAGUUGUAUUUGUUCGUCCAAAUUCAACCCCGCAAAUGACUCAACCAUUUUUGAUUUAUGAAACCUAUGAACUUUUGGAUUCACUAUAUGUAAAAUCAUGUUAUGCGACAAUUCAAGGGGCUGGAUACGAAUGUUUAUUAGGAGUGGUCUAUGUUUACAGCUAUAAAAUCAUGACUCUCCCUUUUCUUUCAUCAGGCGCUAAUCUUGGACCUAGUAUUGUAACUCAAAUCAGUAGUAAUUUUUCUAGGGAUUACCACGGGCAGCAUAAUGUCGAAAGCCCUCUUCCGUAUGGUGGGGUGGAAUUUUACGAACCAAUAGUAAUACCAAAUACCACCAAACCAACACCAUGGAUUAGAAUUAGCAUAAUUCAACCGGACUCUACACUUAAGAAUGUGACCGAUAUUUAUUUUAGUUGUGGUCUCGAUACUACCCUUUUCAGUGGCGUUUAUUCAAAUAAUUCGAUAUGGAUGAUUUUGGUUUGCCCGGGGACAAUGCCGAAGCAAUGGAGCUUAAUAUCGCAGGAUCUUCCACGGUUCAUCGACCAGGAUCUUGGAUAUCAAUAUCGUAACCUCGCAAUUAAUCUAACCGAUCCAUCUAUCGAUGCAAUCAUUCCCUUGAAUUUGAUCAGCCUCACCAUAUCAUUUACUUUUCCAGUCAUUCUAUCUUCUCAGAAUAUUAGUAUUUUCAAAACUAGUGGAGAUAUUUUUCGUCAAAUGGUUCCAGCUCAAUCAGGGUUAUGUUCGGUCAAGGAUGGCAAUAAUGUGACUUGUGCAGUUUUACCCACCACUUUUAACCAACCUGAUACCGAAUAUUAUGUGGUCGUAGAUCCUGAUUUUGUCAGGUCAACCAAAUACAACGAAGCCUUGUCAGGGAUAAAAACUGGUCUUUGGAAAUUCAAGACUCAAUCUGACAGCACGCUAAAUGUAUAUGCAAAAACUGCCACAGUUUUGGUGAGGCUCACCGCGGCUGGAACCGCAUCUUUCCUUGGACUUUCAGCAGAAGAUCGAUCGAAUUUCUUGAAUCAACUGCAAUCUGAACUAGCCGAAAGUGUUCCGAUCAGUUUAUCUCGGAUUGGAAAAACAACGCGCACCCUCUCAGAUUCAAAUGCGCUUGAUCAACUGUUAUUAAGGUUUUCAAUCGUCCCCGGGGAAUCUCCGAAUGAUAUGAAUACGAAACAGAUACUUGACACAUUAAGAAUAAUGUUGAAGAAUAAAGCAACAUCGCCAUUUGGAAGAUAUGAUCACACUAGUUUGCUUGAUGAAACAUAUGGAAUUACGGUCACACCAAAUCUAUGGGAAAAAUACCACAUUUACUUGGUUUUUCUCGUUAUUGGACUUUUUCCACUAGGACUGAUAGUAUAUGUGGCACGUCGGCGUUAUCCACAGGGGAACAAUCUGGCCAUCCUCAAAGUUGUUCUCAUUAUGUUGGAUCUGAUUUUUGAUGUGUUGUUCGUUGUUCAAAACGGAAAUGAUGUUUAUUUUUUGCAUACGCCAGCCAUCAUUACCUUGGUUGUACCAAUUGCGAUCAAUACCGUUUUCGCUUUUGUUAUUUUCGUUCGUGAAUUUACAUCCAACCCGAAAUACGUGGAAUGGUUCUCGACAUAUGGAAAAGUCGCAUCCUUGUUUACAGUGUUGGCUGCCGCCGAUGUCGAGAUCCUGACGUUUCUGCAUUCCGAAUUUGCCGGGAUUUCGGCGUUUAGUGCUUCCUUCAGUCAAAAUGCUCUCAGUUGGAUAUUUUGGAGCAGCCUUCUUAACAUGUUCGUUGAAAACAUUCCCCAGUUUAUAAUUCAGAUUAUAUAUUUCAACAACACGAUCUCUUAUGAUAUUGUUCCGUUACUAACGCUUGUGACAAGUUCAAUUGUGCUUCUAAAUGAUGUAAUUGGUCGAAUUUAUGAAGCUAUCAAAUAUUUGUUACAUCAUUAUUAUAGUGUGCCGCAAGAGUCAUCAUGA